UUCCAAGAGGCACAGAAGAAGACGAAGAAGAAGAAGGCCGCAGCGAUGGCAACGACCACAAAUACAAAGACAACUACACCUACGACAACCACAACUACAAUGACUCCGCUGUGGAAGAAACCGCUGCUCUGCUCAUUCGAGGCCCCGCUCAGCCCAAACCUCACGUUCCCCGAGGACGGCCUGUGCGACAUCAACUUCUUCCAGGCGCUGGAGGGGAAUCACACCUUCCUGAUUACUAAAGGCGGAGACUACGAAGCGGCGUUCGACACCUUCCUGGCGAAAGCAGCCAAGCAGAACGAGUCCGAGCACGGGGUCGGCCUCGACUACAAUAUUGCAAGAACGCCAACUAUACAUACAGUUUCACGGAGAAAGGUGUCAUUGGUUCCUUCUACAUGAGCAAGGCGGAAAAGGAAUUCAUCAGUUUUGACGACUUGAAGGCCCUGGCUAAGAAGUUUUGCAAAGGCAAAGUCGACCUGACUGACAUCAGCUACGGCUUCUUCGCGUACAACGUCGAAAGGGAUGACCCCACCAACGUGUGCGGAAAAGGUGCCUACUAUCGAGUGAAGUUCCUGAGAAGGCUCAACGAGUUCUUCCGCGACAAGUUCAUUUCGCCCGACAGUGUGAUCGAGCGCGCGAAGCUGAUGUAAAAACACGGCUUGGGCGUCAAGCAGCAGUGUAUAGCGUCCUUCCUUAAUAUCGUCUGUGUCGCCUUCCUGUCCUUCCUUAAUAUCGUCUGUGUAAAACUGAGCGAAAUAUAACCAUGAACGUUCACCAA